AUAUUUCUCACUCUUUCUCUCUUCUCUCUCUCUCUCUCUCUCUCUCUCUUUCAUUCUCAGCAAGUUUCCCUUCUCUCUCUCUCUCUAGGAAAAGAUAAAAGAGGGAGAGAUUUUUUGACGUUGAUUUCGUGCUUCUGCUGAUGAUCAAUAAACAAACGUAUAUGGAGAGGCAGCUCGAAGGGGUGAGGAUGGAAGAUUCGAUUCGGCCGUCAUCUUUGUCCGAUCAUUUUCUGGCGAGUAACCAGUUUUCCGCAGGCAUGCUGGACUUAUACACUGAGAGUGAGAAGAGCUCACUGGGGUUCACGGAGUUACUGGGUCUUCAAGAUUUCGCACCUUCCAUCUUUGACAUCUUCCAACCUUCUGCCUUGCCGCCGACUCAGACUUCAGCCGUUGCAGAAUCGCCGGAGGGGUUUAACCAGCCGGCCACGCCCAACUCUUCCUCGAUUUCCUCGGCUUCGAGCGGGGCUCACAAUGAUGAACAGAGUAGGCCCGCAGAGGAAGACGAAGAGCAGCAAAAGGUCAAGAAACGGUUGAAAGCCAAGAAAACCAGUCAGAAGAGGCAGAAGGAGCCGAGGUUUGCUUUUAUGACAAAGAGCGAGGUUGAUCACUUGGAAGAUGGAUACAGAUGGAGAAAGUAUGGCCAGAAAGCCGUAAAGAACAGUCCUUUUCCUAGGAGCUACUAUCGUUGCACCAAUGCUGCGUGUAAUGUGAAGAAGAGAGUGGAGCGAUGCCACAAUGACCCAAGCAUAGUCGUGACCACGUACGAGGGCAAGCACACCCAUCUCAGUCCGGUGAUGCCGCCUCGCCCGGACUCCAGCGUCCUACCACCGACGGCGGCUUUUGAUCCGGCGGCAGUGCAAGUGCCUCGCCAAUACUCCCAAUUCAGCAACCUGCCUCCACUGAACUGCGGCUACUUCAGCUACAUGAACCCCGGUGGUGUUUCCGUGAACGAGAGGCGUUUUUACUUUCCGGCGGCUCCACCUUUGCUUGGCGACCAUGGCCUCCUUCAGGACGUUUUGCCGUCCCUUACGAAGAACGAAGGGUAGAUGAAAACCCAACUCACCACCUGAGCGAUAUAUAGCCUAGUGAGGCCAAUGUCCGGUGUUCGAGUCCUCAUUAACCCCAAACUCUCCCCCUAGUUCUACUCGCCGCGAAUACUCAAUUGCUACCCUAGUAGCUAGUGGCACUGUUUAUGACGUUAAAUUGGGACUCCUGUGUGUCUUUCUUUGUAUCUAAUGAUAUAUAUAACCCGUGAUGUUUUUACUGGAAGCCCAGUUGGGUGUGAUC